AUGUCAUCACUAGCGGUGCUUGAAGCACUGGACUCGGCGAGAACGCAAUGGUACCAUGUAACCGCCAUAGUGAUCGCCGGGAUGGGGUUCUUCACGGAUGCCUACGACCUCUUCUGCAUCUCCACCGUCUCCAAACUCUUGGGACGAUUGUACUACUUCGACCCACAAUCACCGAAACCGGGAAAGCUUCCAACAACGGUGAACAACUUUGUGAUCGGGGUGGCGCUGUUUGGAACCCUCACAGGGCAGUUAGUGUUUGGUUGGUUGGGUGACAAGCUGGGGCGUAAGAAGGUGUACGGUAUAACCCUCAUCAUUAUGGUUUUCUGCGCCAUCGGCUCCGGUCUCUCCUUUGGUCUUACCGCCAAGUCCGUCAUGACCUCGCUCUGCUUCUUCAGGUUUUGGCUAGGGUUUGGCAUAGGUGGAGACUAUCCUCUUUCUGCGACGAUAAUGUCCGAAUACGCCAACAAAAGGACACGUGGCGCUUUCAUUGCGGCGGUGUUCGCCAUGCAAGGCGUGGGGAUCAUUUUCGCCGGUCUAAUAUCGGUGAUCAUCUCGGCUCUCUUCUUGCACAACUACCCUGCUCCGUCGUACAACACGAACCCCGCACUCUCGACGCAACCGGAAGGCGAUUUUCUAUGGCGUAUCGUGCUCAUGAUCGGUGCAGUUCCCGCACUGCUAACAUUCUACUGGAGGAUGAGGAUGCCGGAAACCGGUCGCUACACGGCCUUGAUCGAAGGGAACGCCAAGCAAGCCGCCACGGACAUGGCUAGGGUUUUGGACAUCGAGAUUCUUGCAGAACAAGAAAAGAUAGCUCAGUUCAAAUCAAUGAACCAAUACCCUCUCUGGUCCAACGAGUUCUUUCGGAGACAUGGCCGCCACCUCAUCGGAACCAUGAGCACGUGGUUCUUGCUGGACAUAGCUUUCUACUCUCAGAACCUUACUCAGAAGGAUAUCUUCCCUGCCAUGGGAAUGAUUCCCCAGGAGGUCAACAUGAACGCCAUUGAAGAAGUUAUGAAAACUUCACGCGCUAUGUUCUUCAUUGCUUUCUUCGGAACCUUCCCUGGCUACUGGUUCACCGUUGUCUUCAUUGAGAAGAUAGGAAGAUUCAAGAUCCAACUCAUGGGUUUCUUCAUGAUGUCGGUUUUCAUGUUCAUAAUGGGUGUCAAGUACGAAUACCUCAAAGAAGAGAGCAAGAUAUUGUUUGCUCUUCUUUACGGAUUGACGUUCUUCUUUGCGAAUUUCGGACCCAACAGCACGACGUUCGUGCUGCCGGCCGAGCUUUUUCCGACGCGUGUGAGGUCCACGUGUCAUGCGCUGAGCGCCGCGGCGGGAAAAGCCGGUGCAAUGGUGGGAUCAUUUGGGAUACAAAGUUAUACGGUGAAGGGUGACUUGCAUCAGAUAAGUCGCGCCAUGAAGAUUCUGGCGCUGACAAACUUUUUGGGAUUCUUGUGUACUUUCUUGGUCACCGAAACGAAGGGGCGGUCCUUGGAGGAGAUCUCCGGCGAAGAUGGUAGAGAGAGCGAUCUCACUCAGUCCACAAUUAUGACCAUGGAAAAUGGUGGUCGCAACGAAAAACAAACCGAGACGAUGUGA